AUGGUGAAACUUAAAAAUUUAGCCAACGAUACAAACCAAAGUUUGAACGAACAAAUGAACUACUCAAAGAAAGUUUUUGAAACUUUGCUUAAAAAUAUUGUUAUGCAAUUCAAUGCUCGCUAUCAAAAGGAGGUAGAAACUCGUCGAAGGCUGCACAACAGAUUGAUUGAACUUUUAGGUAAUAUUCGCGUAUUUUGCCGCAUCAGACCAUUAAAUAUUAACGAAAAAAACCAGAGGAAGCUUAUACGUUCAGAUCCUGUAGAUUCGGGUAUCGUAAUAGCGCAGACUUCUAGUGGUGAAAAAAAAUUUACUUGCGACAAAGUAUUUGGAGAGUGUAGUACGCAAAGCGACCUGUUUGACGAGGUAGGCCCAAUAAUAACAAGUUGUAUGGACGGAUAUAAUGUUUGUAUAUUUGCUUAUGGACAUACUGGAAGCGGCAAAACAUACACAAUGGAAGGCCCAGAUUGUGAUCCUGGUAUAAAUCUCCGGUCAUUAAAACAGCUUUUCAAGUGUACUGCAGAAAGAGAUGAAUGUGACUGGAAAAUUAGCAUAUCGGCGCUAGAAAUUUACAAUGAGAAAAUUAGAGACUUGCUUUCGAAGUCAAAAGAGUCUUUAUGCAUUCGAGUUCAGUCUUCGGGAGCAUUAGACAUCCCAGGACUUACUUCUAUUGAAGUUCACGAUGUAGCUGGUGUUAAUAAAGUAACUGCAAUGACAGAAUUAAAUGACCAUUCGAGCAGGUCUCAUGCUAUAGUUCGUGUUACAGUUUACUCGGUAAAUCGUACAACAAAAGCUACGAGACAAGGGAGACUCAAUUUGGUAGACCUCGCUGGUUCGGAAAGAGUUUAUCAAUCUGGUGCCACUGGACAGCAACUUAAAGAAGCUCAGUCGAUAAAUAAAUCCCUUUCCGAACUCGGAAAUGUUGUCAAUGCACUACGACAACGAUAUCAACAUAUACCAUUUAGAAACUGCCAGCUUACUCGUUUGCUGGAAGACUGUUUGAAUGGCGACAGCAAAACUUUAAUGAUUGUACAAAUCGCUCCAGGAUCUGCAAAUCUGCAAGACUCGUUAAGCAGCUUAAAUUUUGCAGAAAAGGUUGGCAGGAUUCAAACGAGCGCUGUUGCAACCACCAUGCAUGGGCACACGGUUUUGCCGUCAAAAACCGUAAAGGCAACUGAUGCAGAACACUUGGAAUGUCAUUCAACAAUGAUAUAUCAUAAUGAUGAAAAACUAGGAGUGUAA